AUGGCCGACAGAUACUCUUUCUCGCUUACCACAUUCUCGCCCAGUGGAAAAUUGGUGCAGAUUGCAGAAUAUGCACUCAACGCUGUCAACCAAGGUGUGACCUCAUUAGGAAUUAAGGCAGCGAACGGCAUUGUCCUUGCUACCGAGAAGAAGUCGUCAACGCCGCUUAUCGAUGCCUCUUCAUCAUCCAAGAUCUCACUGGUCACACCGAACAUCGGCAUGGUUUACUCUGGCAUGGGUCCGGACUACCGCGUACUGGUAGACAAGGCACGGAAAGUCAGCCACACAGGAUACAAGCGCAUAUACAACGAGUAUCCUCCGACUCGGAUACUGGUCCAGGACGUGGCACGGGUGAUGCAGGAGGCGACACAAAGUGGUGGUGUCCGGCCGUAUGGUGUGAGCUUAUUGAUUGCGGGUUGGGAUGAUGGCAUUCUUCCAGAGCAAGAAGAGCAACAGGCGGCUGAGGAUAUGGCAGUGGACGGAGCAGAAAAGAAGAAAACCAGCAAGACUGGUGGUGUGCACAAGGGCGGACCAAGUCUUUACCAGGUGGACCCGAGUGGAAGUUACUUCCCUUGGAAGGCUACCGCGAUCGGCAAGAGUGCGACAAGCGCCAAGACAUUCUUGGAGAAGCGAUACACUGAGGGACUGGAAUUGGAAGAUGCCGUACACAUUGCGCUUCUAACGCUGAAGGAGACCAUCGAGGGAGAGAUGAACGGCGACACGGUCGAGAUCGGUAUUAUCGGACCUCCUGCGAACAAUCUGCUAGGCUUCGAUGGCGUCGAAGGCGCCGUCGGUCCUCGCUUCCGAAAGCUCAGCCCGCAGGAAAUUGAAGACUACCUCACGACAUUGUAG